UAUUUUCAUCUCCAAACCAACCCUCCAUCUUCUCCUCUCUCUCUCUCUCUCUCUCCCAUGGCUACCAUCACAAACUUCCUAUCCAAACCACCUCCAAACCUAGCCUCCCUCAUCAAAGCCAACCCUUUCAAUCCUCAUUCAUCUUCUUACCAUCUCUCUUUCUUCCCAAAACCAAAACACCCUUCAACAAAGCUCCAAAAAAUCCCUACCCUCUUCAUCACAAAGGCCACAGCAGCCUCCAAAACAGAAAAGAAAAACAAACCCACCAGCGACGAAAGAGUACAGCAAGUCCACAGCAUAGGCCAGUUCGAUGAAGCGCUUCGAAUGGCGAAAAACAAGCUGGUUGUUGUGGAGUACGCAGCUAGUCACAGCAAGCAGAGCAGCAAGAUAUACCCUUUCAUGGUGGACUUGAGUAGGACUUGCAGUGAUGUGGAGUUCUUGCUGGUGAUGGGUGAUGAGUCUGAAGAGACUAGAGAGCUUUGCAAGAGAGAGAAGAUUGAUAAAGUCCCACAUUUCAGCUUUUACAAGAGCAUGGAGAAGAUUCAUGAAGAGGAAGGGAUUGGACCUGAUCAGCUUGUUGGAGAUGUGUUGUACUAUGGGGAUAACCAUUCUGCUGUGGUGCAGCUGCAUUGCAGGGAGGAUGUGGAGAAGUUGAUUGCAGAUCACAAGAGUGACGACAAGUUGGUAGUUCUUGACGUGGGUCUGAAGCAUUGUGGGCCGUGCGUGAAGGUGUAUCCGACGGUGGUGAAGCUGUCAAAGCAAAUGACCGACACGGUGGUUUUCGCUCGGAUGAACGGCGAUGAGAAUGAGAGUUGCAUGGCAUUCGUGAAGGACAUGGAGGUGAUUGAGGUUCCAACUUUCUUGUUCAUAAAAGAGGGUGAGAUUUGUGGAAGGUAUGUUGGUUCUGGUAAAGGUGAACUUAUUGGUGAAAUUCUUAGAUACCAAGGAGUUCGUGUCACCUAAAAAUGAUUUUAAAAAAAAAAAAAAAUCUAAAACUAAAAACUCAUUGUGCUAUGAACUCUAAUUGUUUUUACAACCUUAAAAUUUUAGGAAAAUUAAAUAGUUAGAGUUUAAUUUUACUAUGUUAUGUAUAGGGCUCAUGAGGGUACCAUUAUUUUCCAUAUGUACACAAACUAUACUUAUUAAUUCUAUCUUGUUGCCAUUUUCUCAGUGUAUAA